GAUCAGGUAGCUGGUCGUGUAAGUGAUAUCAAUUAGUGCCAUACUUCUGCUCAAUGAGAGGGGAAUACUGAGCGACAAAGGACGGCGGACAAAACCAACAAACCGACUGAACAGGCCAAUAUUUCUUCCUGUCACCGGCUUUUCUUUACCACAAGAGACUCGAGUACUAGCGGCGUAGGACAACAUGUACCCGGGCUGUACGAUGGGUUAGCGCCGGUCAUGUCUGGCUCAAUGGGACCGGAGCGGAGGGGCCGUGUUUGCGCAAGGGUCGACGGACGUCGCCAGACGUGGCCGACAUGUGCCCGUAACCUUGGUCUUCUCUGUUUCCUCUACUUUUCGGUGUCGCUAUGCCAAGGACAGGGACUCCCGACGAUAUCCAUGGUGAACUCAUGUGGCACAUCAGACCAGGACAACGGCAAGAUCGUGGAGUCUCAUGACGACUCAGUCAGCGACUACGUCACGUCAUCGCCGCUGGAUUGCAGUUUGACCUUCCAGGUGCCCUCGCCGUACACAAACAUCCUGUUCCAGUUCAGAUUCUUCGAGAUAACAAGUUCUUUGACCACCACAACUUCUACCAACCCUGUCGGGACGACCCAGUCAGCGGCUGAUGCCUGCGACGACAUCGGUGCCCAUGUGACAUUUUACGACAGUUCGUCCACGUCGGCGUCGGUCCUGUCCGGGCCGCUGUGCGGCAGCAGCACCCCGGGGAGCGUCGUCACGACCGGCGGCAACCUGACGAUGCGACUGGUCAUCACUGCCGCGUCCGCGCAAGUCAGCUUCGUGGGAGACUACACGUCCUUCCACACAGACGCAGGCUCCUGUACUGGAGGUAACCUGUUCCAGUGUACCAACAGCAGGUGUAUCGCGUACGACCUGACCUGCGAUCAGACCGGCAUCGACAACUGCGGGGACGCGUCGGACCAGUCCUUCGGGCCUCCUGCAAACUGCAACCCGACCACUGCACCCCCGGCCGUGGUGACAGAGGAAGGACUGAGCCCAGCAGUAGUUGGCGUGGUGGGCACCAUGGGAAGCCUCACGUCCGUGGUGGCCCUCUAUUGGCUCCUCUGGAAACCUGGUUGGCUGACGUGGCGCCUCAGCUCGUUACGUCACGUCAAGUACUUCUUAUCCAUCGGCCCUCACUGUCUGUCGUGUUCGCAGUUCUGUCAGAACAAGCUCUGCUCUCCCGUGGACUCCUGUCUCGGCACGGGCGCUACGCUAGUUACAGUCACUCCUGUCGGCAUCACCAUCGUGGUAGCCGAGGCAGAGGCGUCCUCCUCCGCUACAGCCUCGCAAAAUGCACACAUCGUGAAAAAAGAGCCCACUAAAACGCGACCUCCGAAGCGACCAGGCAGUCCCUCGGUGGCGGUUGCACCUGCCGCCGCCGCUGCCUCGUCCCCUCCCCUCCUGUCGGUAGACUACGGGCGGAACGAUCUGGUCAGGCUGACCACGGACAGGGCGAGGCCCAGGGAAGGUGACUACUUGGACCAGUACGUCUGGGCCAACAAGAAAAGACUCGGGAUGGACCUGCUAUAGACCUGUCCUCAGUAGCAAAAAGCACAAAUUAUACAAUGAACUCAUCUCAGUGAAUGUCACAUUUGUGGUCUUCAAAUCUUUAAAGCACAACCUGCAAGAGCUAAAGGACGCUGUACUCAACUACAUACAGUUUUCAGGGAAAUACGACAGGUGAUAAAUCCGUCCAUCAUUUAACCUCAAAACAGCAGGAAUGACAUUUUCUGUUAGCAUUUUUUGUGAGUGUUCUAUCAGCUUUUCAUGAUUUGCGGGCCGACACAGAAGUAGACUUGCAGACGCAUAGAACUUGGCAUUGGUUGAUUUUCUUGUACGCUAUCGUCCCCUCCUAGAGGGUUAAAGGCUGUCUAUGUACAUGUAUGUUUUCGAAGUAACUAAGCAGGCUCAGCCUGAAGUUUGUUUGUUUGCUUAUUUCUGUGUACAAUAUCGUUCAAUAAUGAUAGCCUAUCUUAUGGACCACAUUGUCAAAACGGGUUUUUGAGUUGUGUAAAUAAAAUUGGCAGAUCGGGUAGUGAAAUCAGGACGUUUUGAGACGUUUUAUAACUGGUUGCAGAACAAAAGCAGCUGUUUGCGUUUCGUAAUAAAAGAUUAUAUAUUAGUUUUGUACACAUGUGUAUGAAUUAUCAAUUAACUCAUAGUGUAUAUCUCCUGUCAAUAAUGAUUAAACAGCUUCAUUAUGUACAGUUGGAACAACCGUUAUUCCUGAAAGGGGUUCAUUCGGCCCCCUUUUCAAAACAGUAUCAGGGCUAACCAAACACCCGUGGUUCUAAAGAUCGUUUCUACUUUUUUGUGCAUAACAGCAGAAAGUUGUGAUUCCUGGUAAACAAAAAUUCGACGAAGCAACAAGUACGCCGAAUGGUUUCUACUACAAUUGAAACAUCGAGAUUUGUUGCUCAAAUUGCAUAUGAAUUCAUCUUUGCUGACUUUUAAGAAACCACGAAGCAUUCAUUUGCUGCAAGAAAUUAUCAUCAUUCGUUAACACUGUGCUGCAAGUCCUGUAGGUGCAUCGUAUGUGUGGCCUUGCCGAUACUAUAUAAGUACUU